UGACCUCGUGGCUUAUGUGACAGCUUUUACUUUCUGCUUUUUUAAUUCCUGAUACACACAUUUUUUUUUGCUUUAUUUUAAAAAGACACACAACCCCUUUUUACCUGUAAAUAUGGCAAAGAACAAUGGAAAGAACAAAAAGACAGCACCCAAGGUGGUAGCUGAGGAGGAACAGCAUGUCAAAAAUGAGGAGAAAUAUUUGCGUGUGCAGUCCGAUGCCGCUUCGACCAAAAAAAUUGCUGACAAAAAGUUGAAGGCAAAAAUUACACGACAGGAAAACCAAAGUCUUUCGGCUGCCCGUGCAGCUGCUAGAGCUGAAUUAUUGUUACAAGAAGAAGGCGGUUUCCUCGAAGCCGAAGGCAUGGAAAAGACUUUUAAGUUUAGACAAGAUCAAAUCUUUGACAGUCUCGAUGUCAAUUCAGCAAGCAAGAUCUUUUCGCUCGACUUGCCUCAAUAUGGCCCUUAUGCUAUUGACUACACUAGAAACGGUCGUCAUUUACUAAUUGGUGGUCAUAAAGGACAUAUUGCCGGUUUCGAUUGGCAAACAGGUGGACUUCAUUUUGAAACUCAUGUUCAAGAAACAGUGCGUGAUGUUACAUGGCUUCACAAUGAAACCAUGUUAGCUGUAGCACAGAAGAAAUACGUUUAUAUUUAUGAUAAAUCUGGACUCGAAGUUCAUCGCCUUACCCACCACACCUAUGUCGAUAAACUCGAAUUCUUGCCCUAUCACUAUUUACUCAGUUCGAUUGGUAGUAAUGGAUAUUUGAAAUACCAAGAUACAUCAACUGGACAACUCGUAGCCGAAAAACGUACUGGACUUGGACCUUGUAACACUAUGACACAAAAUAGAUUCAACGCCGUCAUCCAUUUAGGCCACCAGAAUGGUACAGUAACACUUUGGUCUCCCUCUAUGUCUUCAUCCUUAGUGAAAAUGCAAUGUCAUCGUGGACCCGUUAAGGCAAUGGCAGUGGAUAAGGGUGGUCAUUAUAUGGCUACAUCAGGCGCAGAUGGUCAAUUAAAGAUUUGGGAUAUUCGUACUUACGGUUGUCUUCAAGAAUACUAUACACCUCGUACUGCCACCUCUUUGGAUAUUUCAGAUACAGGGUUAUUAAGUGUUAGCUUUAAUACUUCUGUACAAGUGUGGAAAGAUGCCUUUAGAACGAAACAGCAAUCACCUUACAUGUCUCAUACUGAAAAUGGAAGCGUUAUUAACGAGGUUAAAUUUGUGCCCUUUGAAGAUGUAUUGGGUGUGGGUCAUCAAAAGGGUAUCUCUAGUUUGGUUAUUCCUGGAGCAGGUGAAGCCAAUUUCGAUGCUCUUGAGGCUAAUCCUUUCCAAACUAAGAAACAAAGACAAGAGACUGAAGUACACACAUUGUUGGAUAAACUUCAACCUGAUAUGAUUGUAUUGGAUCCUACUCAAAUUGGUAAGAUCAACAAAUUGACAAAGGCAGAAGUUUUGAAGAAACGCGAAGAGGAACUUGAAGCAAAAUCAGACAAUAAACCCGGAAAAGAUAAGAAGAGAAUGAGAGGUAGAAAUUCCGCAUUAAAACGACACAUGCGUAAGAAGAACAAGAACGUUAUAGAUCAUAAGAUGGCUGAUAUGGAUGAAAAGAUUGCAGCAGAUAAAGCAAAUGAAGAGAAAGAGAAAAAUAAGGAUAAACCAUUCACAACACUCGACAUUUUUGAAUAAAUUAAAUAAUAAUAAUAAUAAAAAAAAAAUAGAAUUCAUAAUAUAAUACAUUCAUGACAGCAACUUAAACUGUCC